AUGGGGUUGAAACUNAUCACCAAUCUCUUUGUUUCGUCAUCAACAUUGUCCUCUUCGUUUGUGAUUCGUCACGUUCCCUCUUCGCCAUCACUAUCACUUGAUCCCAAAUGCAUGAAGAGAAGAUCUGGUGUUGUUGGUGUCAAGGCUGCUGCUACUUCUUCGACCUUCUCUUGUAAAAAAUUUAGAUGAUUUUCUUCUUUUCUUUUGUGUUUUUUUUUGGAAAUUGUUGUUAAUCCUCUAGAUGGGUUCUUUUCCUAUUAUGAAAUCUGUAUCAGAAUAUGUAUUAGGAGUAUUUUAUCAAUACCCUGUCACGCAUUCAUGUACCGACACAAUAUUUAUUUCCAUGAGUA